AUGAAGUAUACUGUUCUUUUUCUAAUAUCCAUUUCUCUCCUUAGCAAUGUCAACUGCAUCUGCGAGACAAACUGCUCAUGUCCAGAUCUUCGUGCUUUUGCUUGGAAUGAGGACAACAUAAUGACUUACGAAGAAGGCAUCGGGUGUACUCGGAAAAUAAUGUGUUAUAAACAGUAUUACGACGAUGGUAUACGUUUAGUUUUUAAUGCAACGGAAAUUCCAUUUCCAUCUGAUAAAGAUCCCAAUAACGAUUGGCUGCAAGCGCCCACGCAGGACGAGAUGUGGGGAAUGGAUGUGGCGCUUAUAGAUUUCUUUUCUUAUUUUGGAUUUGUAUGUGAAAAUGGAGUCUGGUAUAUCACAAAAUAUCCGCAUGGAAUAGUUUAUGCAAAUGCGGGUAGCGGAUUCACUGGUCCGACGGAUGAGUUUAAUGGAAAAAGGUCAAAAGUGAAGAGUUUCUAUUGUCAUGAUUGGCGUGAGUAUGUUGAAUCAACUCCGAUGCCUUAA